CCGUGGCCUGAGUGGCGCGGGGGGAAGGCACUCCCCCGGCUGGGGCAGCCGUGAGGGCUCGGGGCAGAUGCCAGGCCCGAGCAGUCCUCCUGGGUUUGCCCCUUCCGGCGUAGCAGGCAAAGAAGUUAAGUAGAACUGCAGCUUACAAUGGAUAUGUAAAGCAGCAAGGAUUAACCAGUCCCGUAAGAGAAGGGAUUAAGCAGUGACUAAAGCUUACAAGAGCUGAAGAAAGAUUAUUUCUGCUUGCAGAGGGUUUUCUGGCAUGUGUAUGUGAAUUCAUUUAUGGAAGAAUCUUACCAGUAGUGGCCAAGCUUAAAAACAAUCUUUAAAACAAAACCAAACCUCCCACCCAAAACUCAGUCCUUAAAAGUUUCAAAACCAGAUUGUAAAAGGUUUUGCAAUGGCAAUGCUCUGGAAAUUCAUGAGAGUAGCUAAGUAUUCUAAACCAGCUUUACCACCAAAAGUAAAGGGAAGAGGAAUUCCCACCCAUGUAAGGCAUUCUUCAUCCAAGUCUGUACCUUCAGAUUUUGCUGCCAGCACACCCUGCUCAAAUACUGUGGAACUGCUUGGUAAAGUUUAUCUUCAGGAUCACUACAGCAAUGUCACAGAGAAGAUUCUUUCCAAGGUGGGGAAAAACUUACACAACAAAAAGCAUCACCCUUUGUGGCUAAUCAAGGAGCAGGUGAAGGACCACUUUUACAAGCAAUAUAUAGGACGUCGUGGGACUCCGUUGUUUUCUGUCUAUGAUGGUCUUUCUCCAGUGGUUACAGUACAACAGAAUUUUGAUAGUUUGCUCAUCCCACAAAACCACGUCAGCAGAAGGAAGGAGGAUAACUAUUACUUGAAUCGGGAUCAUAUGCUAAGAGCACAUACAUCAGCUCAUCAGUGGGACCUGAUACACUCUGGCCUAGAUGCCUUCCUGGCUGUGGGAGAUGUCUACCGCCGGGACACAAUUGAUAACACCCACUACCCAGUCUUCCAUCAGAUGGAAGGAGUUCGGCUUUUCUCCUGUCACGAGCUGUUCUCCAACAUUAAGGAUGGUGAAGGCUUACAAUUGUUUGAGCAAGGUCAUCGCACUGCACACAAGCAAGAGUGUCACACCAUGGAGGCAGUGAGGCUGGUGGAGUUCAACCUGAAGCAAGUGCUUACAAAGCUCAUGACUCACAUCUUUGGUGAUGGGCUGCAAGUGAGAUGGGUGGACUGCUACUUCCCGUUUACUCACCCUUCCUUUGAGAUGGAGAUCAACUUCCAAGGAGAAUGGAUGGAGGUCCUGGGCUGUGGGGUCAUGGAGCAGCAGCUAGUUAACUCAGCUGGUGCUGAGGAUAAAAUUGGCUGGGCAUUUGGCCUGGGCUUGGAGAGGUUGGCCAUGAUCCUGUACGAUAUCCCUGACAUCCGAUUGUUCUGGAGUGAAGAUGAACGCUUCUUGAAGCAGUUUAUUGUGCCUCACAUUUGGCAAAAAAUAAAAUUCCAGCCACUCAGCAGAUACCCACCUUUGAUCAAUGACAUCUCCUUUUGGCUGCCUUCUGAGACGUACUCCCAGAAUGAUUUUUAUGAUUUGGCUCGAACCAUUGGUGGAGACUUGAUAGAAAAGGUUGUCCUAGUGGAUGAAUUUACCCAUCCAAAGACAAAGAAGGUGAGCCAUUGCUACCGGAUCGUUUACCGCCACCUGGAGAGGACUUUAACACAGGACGAGGUUCAUCGAGUCCAUCAAGCUAUUGAAGAAUCAGCAGUUCGAGAACUUGGGGUUGAAGGCAGAUUCUGACAUUGCUCUCCAAAGCCCUAAUGACAGUUUCCUCUUCUUUUCUUUUUUUUUUUUUUCCUCAUUAUCUUCUUUUUAGGAUGAGGAGUACAAGAAGGGGGGGUUGUGACUGAUCCUAGCACAUGCAAAACGAUUGAUAUAUGGCAAUGGUAAAACUAUCAGAUAAUAAACAUUACUACUGAGAAAGCAUUGA